AGCGCAGUGGUUCCGGCUAUGGCGGUGGCAGCGGCCGCGCCUGCGCAGUCACAGCUGCGGCGGGGAAACGUUGGCGGAGCUCGGGGCGGGAAGAGAAAGGCGAGCGGAGGAGCCUGGGCCCGGAAGCGGAAGUCUUGGGGGUGCGAUUUCCCGAAUCGUAAGGAGUGGUGGUGGAAGUUGUGCGUCGGAUCUGUACCGGCCUGGGGCACUGCCAGAGGCAGCGCGGAAGGAUGCGGCGGAGAUGAAGCCUGGGAAAUCAUCACAUCCAAAGGAUUUACUUGGAGUAAAAGAUCACUGACUUCUACAAUGGAAAAGUCAUGGAUGUUCUGGACCUUUGUUAAAAGAUGGCUGCUAGCUUUGGCUUCCUGGUCUUGGAGUCUCUGCCGUAUUUGUCUCUUACCCUUGAUAGUAACUUUUCACUUAUAUGGAGGCAUUAUACUGCUUAUAUUAAUAUUUGUAUCAAUAGCAGGUAUAUUAUAUAAAUUCCAGGAUGUGCUGCUUUACUUUCCUGAACAGCCCUCUUCGUCACGCCUUUACGUUCCUAUGCCUACUGGUAUACCACAUGAAAAUAUCUUCAUCAAAACCAAAGAUGGAGUUCUUCUUAAUCUUAUUCUACUGAGGUACACAGGGGACAAUGCAGCUUAUUCUCCAACCAUCAUUUACUUCCAUGGGAAUGCAGGCAACAUUGGCCACAGGUUGCCCAAUGCUUUGUUGAUGCUGGUAAACCUGAAAGUAAACUUAAUUCUUGUUGAUUAUAGAGGGUAUGGAAAAAGUGAAGGAGAAGCAAGUGAAGAAGGUUUGUACUUAGAUUCUGAGGCUGUUUUAGACUAUGUGAUGACUCGAUCUGAUCUUGACAAAACAAAAAUUUUUCUUUUUGGCCGUUCCUUGGGGGGAGCAGUAGCUAUUCACUUAGCUUCUGAAAAUUCCCAUAGGAUUUCUGCUAUCGUGGUGGAGAACACCUUUCUUAGUAUCCCGUACAUGGCCAGCACUUUGUUUUCUUUCUUUCCAAUGAGGUAUCUUCCUUUAUGGUGCUACAAAAAUAAAUUUCUGUCCUACAGAAAAAUCUCUCAGUGUAGAAUGCCUUCUCUCUUCAUCUCCGGGUUGUCUGAUCAGUUAAUUCCACCAGUUAUGAUGAAGCAACUUUAUGAAUUAUCCCCAGCUCGGACUAAGAGAUUGGCAAUAUUUCCUGAUGGAACUCAUAAUGACACUUGGCAGUGCCAGGGUUAUUUCACUGCACUUGAACAGUUCAUCAAAGAAGUAAUAAAGAGUCACUCCCCUGAAGAAAUGGCGAAACCAUCAUCUAAUGUAACAAUAAUAUAACUGCUAUUCUUUGGUGGGUUUGGGGCGGGGGGGGAGUACCUGCACUGUACCUUGAUUUGUGAAAAGUGGUUAAAAAAUGUCCAUUUUUAAAUGUAUGUCAUGUCUAUACUUGCCUAAAGAGUGAAAUUAAUCUUGGAAAGAUAUGAUGCUUUAUUAAGGUGUUCCAGGUAACUUUUACACUUGCAGCAUUGUAAAUGAACCAUUUUAUGUCUUUCUCAUACUUUUUUGGUAUCUCUAUCCAUAUAUUCCAUUUGUUUGAUAUGUACAACGGACGCUAUUAAAGGAACUUGCUACAAAAGUAGUAUGGGAUGUGUUAGUUUAGGUCAACGGGAGGUUCUUCAGUAUUCACUGCUGUAUGUGUGACCUUUUUGGACAGUCAUGGUCAGCACAAUGAUUUGUUGCUUCUCUUAGAGUUGAUUUAAAGUGUGCUAUGCAUGAGAUUAGUGUUUUAUUGCUUGAGAUUUUCUAUUAUGCAAAGUGGGAAGUCUUUAUUGUGCUAAAUAAUAUAACAUUAAUGGUAGAGUAUACUUGCAGGUAUGCUGUCCUGGGUUAUUACUGUUUUUUAUGGUUAUGCAUACAUAAAUAUUUCAAACUGUAGAUGAAAAGGAAAAGACAACUUUUCCUUGUUUUCAUUUUACUAUUUGUAUUAUAAUAGUGCCCGGAAAGUUGUAUGUGCCUAAACAUCAUGGCUUCAGGAUUUUGCCAAGGUAACUUCUUCAUAGGAAACAGAAGUAACCUUCAAAAAAAGAGCAGUGCAAUCUAAGUUUCUUUCUAACCCAUGCUCUCCUCACUAACAUACAGGCAAACUACUUGGUCUUAGUCUGGUGUGCAACUCAGGUGGGAUUUCCCAAGGCAGAGUGUGUGGUGUGAUAGAAAGGAGUGUCAUACAAGGUAAAAGUAUGUUUUUGUGUUUGGGUCUUUAUUAGUGUGUGGGUUUUUUUGUUUGGUUUUGGUUUUGUUUUUUUUUUGCUGGUGUAGUCACAUGUUUGUGCCCUUUAUUUAUACCUCCAAAAGAAACAAAUCCAAAUAAUUACCAGUGAUCACUUGAGUAGAGAUUAAUGUAUACCAGUUGUUACAGUAAAGAUAAUAAAAGUUAGCUGUGCAUUAAAUUUAGUAGACCUACACUUAGCUAGUCUGAAAGAGAUGACUUUUAUUUUGACACUUGCACCCAUUUGCUUCCAGAAAAUUUCUUAAGAGUUCUGUGAUACCAUGUGGAAGUAUCCUGAGCAUCACCAGAAGUGAGUUUUCUUUGGCUCUGCUGGGAUUUUUGGAGCUAAUACCAUCAUUUCAGAGCCAGCAUUACUUAAUUUGAGAGAGUUUGAUUCUGACAAUGUUGGGAGUUUUGGUUUUUAGGAGUCCUCCUAGGUAGUCAUGAAAGUUGUAUUCUGUUAGCUUAAUCUGUAUGGGAGUCAGACUGUUUGAACGUCUUCCGCAGGUUUGUUAUUUGCUGCAGCUGAUAGUUUGCCCCUUCCAAAAAAUUUUCUCAUGGGAAGAAUGAACUGUGGAGACUCAAAUUGUGGCGACACAAUUUGUACAAUUCCCCUUCUGAUUGAAAAUUUUAAGGAAACUUUUCUGCAGGUUGUCUUGAUUCAGAAAAGCAUCUCAGCACACACUUAAAAUGUGUUUUCUGAUGGUAUUUUAAGCUUGUGCUUAAGUUUUCUGGUUGAAUAAAACUGCUUUCCUGA